AUGUCCAGCGAUGGGGAUUCCGGCGCAGCUACGGCAGAAUGCCCUUCUCUGCCAUGGAGGCUGCUGUCUUCGACGACCAUGCUCGGCGUGAGUGCGUUGUGUCGCGGGUUUCUGUAUGGGUUGAGCCAUCCGGAGGUCAAUGGGUUGGAGUCGUUUCUGGAGGUUAUUGAGUCGAGGAAGGAUCCGGCGCAGAGGACCAGGGGGUUGCUCACUGUCUCAAAUCACACGAGCGUAAUGGAUGAUCCAAUUAUGUGGGGAGCUUUGCCAAUGCGAUACCAUAUGCGAUUCCCGGCGACGAACAUGCGGUGGUCUUUUGGGAGUCAUGAUAUUUGUUACCAAGGCCGACCGCUGGCAUUGUUCUUCACAAUGGGCCAAGUGCUACCCACCCAUCGACUUGCGCAUUCGCCCUUCGGUGGUCUUUCGCAGCCUGCAGUGACCCAGGCGAUUCGAUUACUUUCAAAAGGACCGUUUCCUGUUGACUCCUACCGUGCUUUGCCAGAACGUCAGGAUUGGAGCAUACAGAAUGUCUGCGUUGACCCAUUUUCCGACCUUCCUACUGCCUACACGACGAAUGGUCAGGAUUCUCACCUGGCGCCCUCCGCUUAUGCCUGCAACUCGCAUGCGUGGAUGCACAUCUUCCCUGAAGGAAAGAUUCACCAGGCGCCGCAUAAGACGAUGCGGUAUUUCAAAUGGGGAGUUGCACGACUUAUCCUAGAAGCCAGUGAGUGCCCAGAUGUUGUGCCCAUCUGGCUGGAGGGUUUGGACCAGGUUAUGCAUGAAAGCCGCAAGUUCCCACGAUUCCUACCCCGAGCGGGAAAGAACAUUAGCAUCACGUUCGGAAACAAGGUCGAUACGGAAACCGUGUUCGGCGAGUACAGAAGACGAUGGAAGCAACUUAGGGAGAAAGUUGAAAAGAGCUCGCCCUCCGCUCGAGAUCUUCCGCUCGGAGUUCUAAACGAGGAACUGCUGUAUGGUGAGGAAGCAGUCGAGCUGCGCAGAGAAGUCACCAAGAAGAUAAGAGACCUUGUGCUGGAUGUCCGGCGGACUAGAGGAUUGCCUGAUGAGGAUCCUAAGGAAGGUCUCGUGGAGACAUGGCUCGAAGAAGGUCCUAAGCGUGAGGGUAAGAUGAAGGACGAUUCAUGGGUUCGGGAUAUUUGA